UAGGCGGGGCCAGAGUUCGUGCCCACUGCCUCCUGGUUGUCCAUGGUGCUGAACACUCUGCUCAGCAUCAGCAGCUACCGGCCCUCAGGACAGGUGUUCCCAUGGUUCCUGCACCGCUCCUACUCGGGGGAGAACACGGCGAGCGCGAUCGCCCGCUCCUGUGCCAGCCUGGCCCUGUCCCUGCUGGUCCCGGUGCUGGUGGUGUGGCAGAGGGAGGGGCUUCUCCAGGUCCUGUCUGCGCUGCAGGCCGGGCUGCCGGGCUCCAGCUCCGCAGAGGACUCCCAGGCCCUGCAGUUCCACUCCGGCCUGGCGCUGGGCAUGGUGCUGUCCAGCCUGCACCAGCAGCGCCUCAGUGACGUCUCGGUCCAGAAGGACACUGAUGUCCUCCGCAGCGCUCUGGACGCUUUGGAGGGCAGCGCCUUCAACCCCGACCUGGAGUACAACACGGGCUGUGUGCUGGGCCUGGGUCUGGUGCUGGCCUCUAUCUGCAGCAGUGGACAGACGGAGCAACAAGUCCACGUGUCCCAGACCCUGGACAGACUGCUCUCCACCCUGCAGGACAGCAGCGGGCAGGGGCGCAUGCUGCAGGAG